CAGAGCUCCAAGCUAACCACCAUGGCAGUCUUCCGCGGCCCUGGCUGCGGGCGUUGUCACAUAUGCCUUCAACCAGAGGGCCAACUUCUAUUCGGCUAUGGUGUACCUUUCACAAAACAACCUCAGCUUAAUGAUCCUCAUCAACCUCAUCCUCCUCGUCUACGGUUCGUUUGUUUACGGCCUACAACGAUUAUGCUAUGGCCAGCUCCGACCAGUUGAAAUCGAACAGCUUUACGAAAAGGCAUGGUUUGCCGUGACGGAAACAUGUCUCGCAAUGACCAUAUUUCGGGAAGAAGUAGGUGCGUGGUUUCUGGUCAUGUUUACGGCAUUGGUCACCGGGAAGGUAUGGGAAUGGAUCGGCGAGGGACGAGUCGAGAUUCUCGAGCAACAACCACCCGCAAACCCUCGACUCUUCCACACUAGAUUGAGCAUCUCGCUGCUUCUCAGCAUCAUAUACGACACAUGGCUGUUCUCAUACACCGUAAAUACAGUCAUCCAGCAAGCCCGACCAAAUAUGAUGGUAAUGUUUCUGUUCGAGUUCGCCAUCCUGUCAACCUGCUCAUUUCGUACUGGGCUCCGAUAUAUCUUGUCCCUGGUGGAGAUGAAUAUUGUCAACAAGCAGACCCGCACAAGACUACAAGAGCGUCGCAAGGAGGUCCGGGAGCAGCGCGCCGACAUCCUAAGGCGCCGGGAGUCAGAGGAUGCGGCAGAGGCAGAGGCGGCGAACCAGGAGGAGUUGCCCGACGAACAUGAUAUUGAUGAGAUGGACAUUGAGGUACCUGGCUGGGAGACUAAGGGGCAAUGGGUCUUGAGUUUAGACCUCUUCGCAGAUUUCGUCAAGCUAGGCGUCUAUGUCGGUUUCUUCGCCGUCCUCAUGAUGUUCUACGGUCUGCCCAUCCACAUCAUGCGAGACCUAUUCCUCACCACACGCUCUUUUCUCAAGCGUCUGAAUGCCUUGGUUAAAUACCGCAAGGCUCUCGCAGACAUGAACAAGUAUCCCGACGCUACCCAAGAAGAAUUAGCGCGUGAAGACACCUGCAUCAUCUGCAGAGAGGAGAUGAGGCCCUGGGAUCCUGCUACACCAGGUCAAGUCGAGCGAUCACGACCCAAGAAGCUCCCUUGUGGUCAUAUCCUCCACUUUGGUUGUCUCAAAGGUUGGCUGGAGCGCCAACAAGUAUGUCCUACAUGUCGACGUUCGGUCGUUAUUGACGGUGCGGCUCCCAAUGGUGGCAAUGCAGCUCGUCCAAAUGUAGAUGGUCAAGCACCUGCUCCUGGUCAGCCAGGUGUAGCUAAUGGAGCUGCUAACGGCAACCAAGGCCAGGAGGGUCGUCAAGGCGGUAUGCGCAUGUUCCAGUUUGGUCCAUUGCGCCUCGGCUUCGCGCAGGGCAAUCCACAGAGGGUGCAAGAGCUCAUACAACAGCGCUUUAACGGCGGGCUGGAUGGAGCGAAUGCGCCUAUGGGGCUACCCCAGCCUGGUGCAGCUCAGCCACCCCAGCAGGCAGCUCCAGCAAGUCUGGGCGUUGGGACCGAUAUCAAUGCACAACUUUCACAGAUACAGCUACGGCUACAUCAGGAGAUACAAACUUUGCAAGUCACCCAGGCAGAAUUGCAAACCACAGUCACUCUCAUGGCUGAACUGAACCGCUUGCGGCUACUCCAACAGCAACAUUUGACUGGGACAGUACCUCUACAAGGCACGCCUAUGAUUAAUGGUCAAUUGCCGCCGCCUCAACACGUAAUGGGCCAGCCAUUAUACCCGGCGGUGCCCCCAACCGUUGCAUCAUUCCCGCCAUUUACUCAUCGGAGCCAGACGCCGUCCGUCAUCAGGCAUGUGGCGCCACCGAAUACCACAGCCAUUCCCGCGGGUAGCCCGGAUUUGCCGGAAGGGGUUGUGAUUCCUCAAGGCUGGUCAUUGAUGCCAUUACAGCGGAUGGACGGCUCGAGCACACAACCCUCGCAGCCCACCAGCUCACACACUGGCCCAGUAUCGUCGCUUAUCCCACCGCGUGGUGGUGUUGACACGCCAUCGGCGACGUCGGCAGACGCUUCGGGCACUUCACAACCACAAGCGACGUCUGUUGAUGGUUCUACAGCUAGCUCGCUGCAGGUACAGACAGAACCUCCUAUAGUAGCUGCACCGACGCCUCGGCUUCCAAACUGGGGUGGCGCUGCCCAGCUGUUUGCUAAUGGUGGAGUGGGCACUUCUACGUCAGGAGUCGAAAGCGAAACUGCCGACAGCUUAGAGGAUAGCCACAGAGAAAACGAGCCGGAAGGGUCAAGCUCAAGCGAUAAGGGGAAGGCAAAAGCUGUGACGAUCGAAGAAGCAGAGGAUGAAUAAGCGGAUACCCAUACACUAUUGUGUAGUCUAGAUGAAACAAAUCCUGAGCUGGCAACAUUUGUGCCCAGAGAGAUGCGUAUGCAUGGCGUUGGUGGUGUUGUUUGAUUAUCCUGUGUGCCCUCAAAGGUACAAUCGCACUUGGCUCCAAAAGAAAUAACAUUUUCCCGCUCAAAACAACAGGAACACAUUUCCCACAUUCAUGCGCAUUCGCGGUAUAUCUAGUUUGCUCUAGCAGGAGUGUGAUAUUGACAAUGCUUGCAUCUUUUGAGACAUUUGAUCAAUUUGGACCCUACGCCGGAAUCGUUUCAUCAACCGAAGAUUUGAAAUAUUGAGCAGUGACUUGAAGGAUACGGGUUGCGAUUGAGCAGGCUUAUGGUGUGAUGACAAUGUCCGCAACAGUCUAAUACCGUAACCC